AGGAGGCCUAGCUUCCAUUUCAAGUAUCUCAAGAUUUGCACCACAACAAAGAAGGAGAAAGAAAAGCUAGGAAAAUCUUGAAAAAGAAAAGUAAAUGUUCUCUAUAUAGAAUGAGUGAGAAAAACGAAUACACAAAAGCUAUUAUCAACACAGGUGGCUUCUUUGAUUGAUGGUGUCGUUGUUUUGCUCUGAUGGAGUUGAACAAAAACCUGCAUAGUCUCAUAGAGAGAGCUAGGACUUUGCAUGAUAAGAUGAGUGACAAAAUACAAGAUGACAGCAUCAGUUUCUGCAGAUUGUGUUCGGAACACGGUCGCUAUUGCGGAAUCACAGAGACCCCAUCGGAGGAGAGGGAGAGAUUGAUUACCAUUAGAGAUUCAUUAAAAGAUGUUGAAGACAUGCUUUUGGUUUUACAGAGAUUGAAGUUGAGGCAUGAAAAUGAUGAGUACCAAGCACUAGUGUAUUUGGAGGAAAGAAGAGUGAUCCUAAUGGAGAAGGUAAAUCAAUACCGGGGACGAGAAGUUGAUGUUGUUGAAGAGUUGAAUGCGUGUUUUGGUAAUGGAAGAAGUGCUUAUAACUGGAAUUUGGAGAUGACAAUGGAGAAAAAGAACGAUCGCGUAGUAACGAAGAGUAGAAUAUCUAGUUUUCUUAUCAACUGCAUUAGGAGCUUGAUCAACCCAUGGAAUUGGCACAACACUGCAAGAAUUGCAAUGAAGUACAUUGUGGUCUCAGCAAGCAUUUCGUCUACAAUGAAUUUCUACAGAAGUAGGCAGAAAUAUGAAUGUUCCGGGACGAAAAUUCUCAGAGUUAUGGAUUCAACAAGAGCAGGAAAACAGGAUGUUUUAGUUAGUACUGCUCUAAACACCCCUCUAGAUGUCUCCUGUGGAAGAGGGUGAGAUUCCUAUAUGUAUGAUUCAUACUCAUUUACACACAUCCUUUGUUCUACAUAGUAUUUGCUACAUGAUGUAAUAAAUUUAGUUUACAAUUUAUGU